GACCACUUUGGACGAAUGCGUGGUGGUGUACCUGGACGACAUACUCAUCUACUCGCGCGACAUGAAGCAGCACGUCGAACACCUGCGACGCGUCUUCGAAAUUCUUCGACGAGAACGAUUCUACGUCAAACUGUCCAAGAGCGAAUUCGCCCUUGAGAAGGUCCAAUUUCUAGGACACAUGGUGAGCGCUCAAGGAGUUCACGUCGACCCCAAGAAAAUCGAAGCCGUACGUACGUGGAAGACACCCGAGAACGUGAAGGAGUUGCAGCAGUUCCUAGGCUUCGCUAAUUACUACAACAGGUUCGUGCCACAGUAUGCGAAACUCGCGGCACCACUCACGAAUCUGCUGAAGAAGAACACGCCCUACAAAUGGGAGACGAAGCACCAGGAAGCCGUGGAGCAGCUGAAACAAGCACUAACGUCCGCACCGGUACUCAUCUUGCCAGAUCCCGAACGCGACUACGUCAUCGAAGCUGACGCCAGUGACCAGGCAGUGGGAGCAGUCUUGAUGCAAGACCAGGGGAAUGGACUGCAACCAAUUGCCUACCUCAGCAAGAAACUGCACGGGGCAGAACUCAACUACCCGAUACACGACAAAGAGGCCUUGCAUGUCAUCGCCUUCAAAGCGUGGAGAUGCUAUCUCGAAGGACGAAGAACAACCGUCUACACCGACCACUGCAGCCUGAAAUAUUUGAAGACACAACCCAACCUUUCCAGGCGGCAGGUCCGGUGGAUCGACUUCCUCGAGACACACUUCCACUACGACAUCCAUGGCAUCCAACUACACUCAUCUCCGACCGAGACCCCAAGUUCACCAGCAAGUUCUGGAAGGAACUUAUGUCUCUGCUCGGCACCAAACUCGCCAUGUCAUCCGCAUACCAUCCGCAGACAGACGGACAGACCGAGCGCCUCAACCAAAUUGUUGAGCAACUCCUCCGAGCAGCCUGCAAGGACGACAUCUCCAAAUGGGACUUGCACCUGCCCGUCUAGAGUUUGCUUACAACAAUGCUACACAUGCCGCUACUGGACAGACGCCGUUCUUCCUCUGCUACGGACGCCACCCACUCACACCACAGAAACCGACACAUCAGCUACAGCGUGAACCCAAAUCCGAUUGGUACGG